ACGGCCGGCUUCGGGUCCGACGCUGCGUGCUGCGUCACGGCGCAUGCGCCCCGCCCGGGGCAGGAAGCGCGGCGCCGCCGAGGGGGUCUCCGAAGCGAGGCUGGCGUCUCGCGCGGUGAGCGCGCCGCUUUGGAUCUGGCGGCCCAAACGUUAGUGACGCCCUCGUGUGACUGAGCCCCGGCAUCCUGCCUGUGAUCAAAGCCCACGAAACAGGAUUUCAUAGCCUUGUCCCCGUACAGUCUGAAAUGUGGCAUCCUGUGAUGGUGAAGCUGCAAUUGAUUCUUUUUUAUUUAUUUCCACUUAAAAGAGGAGCUGUGAACAAAGAGUUCUUUUUAUUCAGUUGUUUUGGUUGCAAAGGAAGGGGUUUCAGACAGAGCAGACACUUUGGCUACUGAACAGUUCACAGUACAUCAGAUCUAAACAAAUGAAAUAGCUGGCAGUAAUUCUGAUCUGAGAAGAAACUAUCCGUAGCCAUAGCUUAAGAUGUAAAAACACUUUUUGGAACUUGGUGUUCCAUAAUGCAGACUUCUAACAUAUUUCUUUAUUAAAGCUAUUCUAUCCUUGUAGGUACCUCCUUUCAUAUUUGCAAUAAAAAUGGCUGAAACAGCUCCCGAUGCAUCUGAGAAACUGGUUGUCAUUCACUCCAAAGCUCACAAAGAUACCAUUCUAGCUAAUUUUGAAGAACAAAGGAAGAAAGAUUUUCUUUGUGACAUUACUCUGAUAGUGGAGAAUGUUCAGUUCAGAGCCCAUAAAGCUUUGCUUGCUGCCAGCAGUGAAUACUUUUCAAUGAUGUUUGUAGAUGAGGGUGAAAUAGGGCAGUCAAUUUACAUGUUGGAGGGAAUGGUUGCAGACACUUUUGGGGCACUGCUAGAAUUUAUCUACACUGGUUAUCUCCAUGCCAGUGAAAAACGCACAGAACAAAUUCUAGCUACUGCACAGCUUCUAAAAGUGAACGACUUGCUAUGGGCCUACACAGACUAUCAGGCCAGCCAUAGCCCAAGUAAUGCAUUACCAGCUCCAUCUAACAGUGGAGCUUCAGUAGCUGUUACUGCAAAUGACAUGAAAAAUGGAGAUCCACCAAAGCGAAAACGAGGGCGACCGAGGAAAGUCAAGAAUGCCCAAGAAGAAAAAUCAGGAGCAAAUUCUGCUGAAGAUGUGCAACUGAGAGAGAAUAAUUCCAUGCAAAAUAAACAAAAUUUUAUGAAAAAAGACAUUGCAGCAGAAGAAACAGUUGUCAGCGAACAGGCCCCUGUGAGGAAAGAUGUGGAAGAAACUGAACGUGCUUGCAGCUCAGAAGAUGCUGUGGCUCUGUCAGCUGAGAAAGAUGAGAAUUAUGAUCCCAAAUCUGAAGGAGUACAGGACACCCAGAGCCGUUACAGCAAACGCAGAAUAAAGAGAUCAAUCAAACUAAAAGAUUACAAACUUCUUGGUGAUGAGGAUGAAAAAGGACUGGCAAAGAGAACUGAUGGGAAAAAAAAACGUACAGGUUCUGAAGCUCGCUGUAAAGACUGUGGCAAAGUAUUUAAAUAUAAUCACUUUUUAGCUAUUCAUCAAAGAAGUCAUACAGGGGAGCGCCCUUUUAAGUGCAGUGAAUGUGGCAAAGGCUUUUCCCAGAAGCACUCUCUUCAAGUUCAUGAGCGGAUGCACACUGGAGAGCGGCCAUACACGUGCACAGUCUGCAGUAAGGCUCUAACGACAAAACAUUCUCUUCUGGAGCAUAUGAGCCUACAUACGGGGCAGAAGGCUUUUACAUGCGAUCAGUGCGGGAAAUACUUCAGCCAAAAGAGACAGCUCAAGAGUCAUUAUCGAGUACAUACAGGCCAUUCAUUGCCGGAAUGUAACCAGUGUCGUCGCAAAUUCAUGGAUGCAGCUCAGUUAAAGAAACAUCUAAGGACACAUACAGGUGAGAAGCCAUUCACCUGUGAAAUUUGUGGCAAAUCAUUCACAGCUAAAAGUUCUCUUCAGACUCACAUUAGAAUUCACAGAGGAGAAAAGCCAUAUUCUUGUGGUAUAUGUGGAAAAUCCUUCUCUGAUUCCAGUGCUAAAAGAAGGCACUGUAUCUUACAUACAGGCAAAAAGCCUUUCUCCUGCCCAGAAUGUAGUUUGCAGUUUGCCCGUCUGGACAAUCUGAAGUCUCAUUUGAAAAUUCACAGCAAGGAAAAGCAGUUUCAGGAGGCCAGCAGUGCUCCAAGCAGCAACACUAAUUCAGAAGAGGUGAGAAACAUUCUUCAGCUGCAGCAGUAUCAACUUGCCACCUCUGGAGGACAGGAAAUUCAGCUACUGGUUACGGAUGCGGUACAUAAUAUAAACUUCAUGCCUAGUCAUAGUCAAGGUAUUAGUAUCGUUACUGCAGAAAAUGCUCCAAAUAUGUCAACAGAGCAGGCUGCUAAUCUCACGCUGCUUGCCCAGCCACCACAGCAGUUGCAGAACUUGUUGCUUUCAGCUCAGCAGGAUCAAGCAGAACAAAUCCAAAGUAUCAAUAUGAUGGCAAACCAAAUUGAGACUGCCCAGCCUGAACAAAUGCAUGUUAUCACUCUUUCCAAGGAAGCCCUAGAACAUCUCCAUGCUCAUCAAGGACAAAAUGAAGAAAUCCACUUAGCAGGAUCUUUGCAUCCAGCUCAGCACAUGCAGCUGACUCAGGAAUCAAGUCAACAAUCUCACUCUAGCCAAGAUACAGUCUCUUCCCAUCAAAUCAGUGAUGAACAGAACCAAAACGUACAUGUUUCUGAAUCCCAUCAGCAAUCGCUGUCAGUAAGUGAGUCAUCUCACGAACAUCCUAUUCAAGACCAGGCUUUUUGAAAUGCUGCUUUGCCAUCAGAGGGCUAGGCUAUAGCACACUUCUCAUCCAAGCAGUGAUUACACGUAUCACACUUCCUUUUGUACAGCAUAAUCUAUUUGAAGAUGCAUUUCUUGGUGAUUUUUUUUUGAUGGGUGGCAUUCAAUUUUCUUAAUCUUAUUUAUUUUAGACUUGUUUUUCCUGGUUGGUAUUUCUCCACUAUUUAGUCUGUACCUUACAACUGAUUCAUGCCUUUUUUGUGCCUCAUACAAAUUUAUGUCUACUGAACAGAUACUUGGCCCCUUACUGUAUUUCAGUGUGCAUCUCCAGGGAAGUGUACCUUGCCACUUGAAAACAGUGUUUAGGAUGUCUGCUGAUGAGGAAGCAUGGCUUCUCUGAUGGAGUCAGCAUUACGUGAACUACAGUCAGGCCUCAGAUAAUCAGUAUUUUUUGCAAAGAUGACACCAUUAUGUCUUACAUUUAAUGAGCUUUCUCUCUGCAGGUUAAUGUGUAAUUUCCAAUGUGACCAUUCCCUUAAGUGCAUUUUGAUUUAUUGAAUACCAAACUUGUUUAUGCUUUUGGUCGGAAUCAUUGCAGCCUUUGACUGGCUCUGGUUUGCCCCUUCUAUUUACUGUAUGCCACAAGAGUUUCGCUCCUCAGAGAAAUGUUUAAACCAUUGCACUUAGUAUAGAGGUAAAGAGAUGCAGUGGUUAGACUGGACAACUUAAAAACGCAAAUUCUGUUCUGUUAAUUCUACCACUCACUCACUGGGUGACUGUGGGCAAGUCACUUGACCUCUGUGCCUUAGUUUCCUCAUCAAGGAAGUGGGGAUAAUGUUCAUGCAUUCUGCCGAGCACUUUGAAGAGCUUUUGAUGUGGAAGGCACUGUAUAUGGAAGUGCAAAAUAUCUUUCCUGACAAGGCUUAGUCUGAGUUUAGGAGCUAGUUUAUAAUUAAAGUGUUAUUUUUUGUACUUCUGAGAGCAGAAUGCAGUGUUACUUUUAAUAUAUGUAAAAGCUCGUAAUUGUUAUUGUGGAGACUUAAUAAUGAAUGGAAUCACUUCAAAGCAUAAUGAGCUAUAUAAAAUGGGGCAUAUCACAUUAAAGUUGUACAGCUAUUUUGGUUGAUUAGAUUAGAUGUGUACAGAUUAUGUUUUCAGUGACUGACUGCUUACAAAAAAGAGCUGAUACCUUAAUACAGUGCCACACCAGAGUAUAUACUCUGCAGCUUCAAGUUCGGCUGCUGAUCACAUCUCACUUAAUGUACUAGUCUGUUAAAAUCCAGAUAAAAUGCCAUUGGUACUUAAAGCAAUGUACACAGUUCUCACUAAAGUUUUGAAGUGUCAUAUUUGUGAUUGGUAUUGGGGUAUAUUUCUGGUUUUAACAAAUGAAAAAUGUAAAAAUUAAGGAAUUAGCAGGUGAAUUUAAAAACAAAACAGAAAACCUUUGUAUGUUCUUGGCUUAUGACUGACCAGAGAGUGUCACUGGCAUAAAAAUUGUAGAAUGAUUUAGGGCGGAAGAGACUUCCAGAGGUCAUCUGGUCUAUCAACUUGCUCAAAGCACAUCCAGCUAGAUCAGGUUGUUGUGCAGCUGAGUUUUGAACAUCUCAAAGGAUGGCGCUCCACAGCCUCUCUAGGCCACCCAGGCCAGUAUUUGACCAUAUUCAAGGUGAAAAAAUGUUUUCUUAUAGCUAAUUGGAAUUUCGCAUGUUCCAGUGUGUAUCUAGUGCCUCUCAUCCUAUCACUACACCUGCAAGAAGUGACUGGCUCUGUCUUCUCUACAGCCUCCCCUUAAAUAGUUGAAGGCAACAGUAGGAUCUUCCCAAAGCCUUCUCUGAAGACAGACCCAGCUCUCUCAGCCUUUCUUUGUACAUAAUCUGGUCCAGCUCUCUAAUGAUCUCAGUGGCAUUCUGCUGUGCUCACUCCAGUACAUCAGUGUCUGUCCCCAGUGUCUGGGCAACCCAAAUUCUGGAUGCUACUGAAGCUGUGCUACUGGAAUUUGGGGGUGUCCAUUUUUUUGGGGGGGGUUGUUUUUGUUUUUCUUUAAUAUAAAUCAAUGAUGAAGGGUAGACAGUGGGAAUAAAUCAAUACAAAAAAUGACCUCCCACAUCAAAACUGCAGUUUGGCUUUUCACUGUAUUUCCCUCACAGAAUGGAGAAAUACUGUUUGUGUACUCUGUGCCACCAAAGAGAACCAGCAUGUUCUGCUGUUGUAUUGCAGAAGCUUGAAGCCUUGAUGCUGCAAGAACAAAUGAAAAAUAGUGAAACUCAUUAUAAUGUCCACAAAAAUCUUGCUAAUUAACUGUAUACAUAAUUAAGAUUACAAUAAAUAUUCUGUUACAUCCUAACAAUUUUGAUUUCAUCCAAAAUACUGUAACUUGGAACCGUAAAUACUGUCUUACAAGUUUACAGGAGCUUACACUGAGUUCCUUCUCUGCCAUAAUCUUAAUGUGUGAAUCCUGAAAUGCUUAAAAGCUGGUUACAUCUUAAGUUAAAUUCUAAGACUAAGCUGAAUUCUAAAUAAAUUAACUGUUAAACACUUUUCUCUUUUUUGAACUUUAAUUUGUUCAUUGUGAAGUUUUCUUUUUAGGAUAAUUAUAAUGCUACAGUUAGGUUUGAGCUGCAAUCAUGUAGUGAUUGCUAGCUGCUUUCCCAUAACCAAAAAAGAUGUUUUGUUUUUCACAUUUUCUUGUGCUCUUAUUCUAUCAAAUUACCUAACAAGCAGUGAAGAGAAUAACUUUUUGUGAAUAGCACAACAGUGACUAAUCUUGAACUCUGCAUUGCUUAAGCUGUCAGCAUGCAUUUUAGCUUGCACUUGAGAAAUGAGAAACAUGUUUCUCAUACCGCAAAUGUUGCUUUUUUUGAUGCCAUUGCUUUCUUUGUAGUGAAUAAAUUUCUAUUAAAGAUGAAAAUAAA